AUGAAGCUACAGAAGCUCGAGUUCCUGAAGGACUCGGAGUUGUUCGUGGAGGAUUUCAUAGAAGUCUCGGAGGUGAAGACCUUCUUCAACGACUGCACGAUUAUAGAAGCCUUCCUCAGGUCGAAGGGCAUGACGGCUGUGACGACCGGCUUCACCGAGAGGCAGAGGAGGAUGGAGUCGAUCGCCACGAUGAUGAUCUCCGAGAACAUGAGGGAGAUGAGAGACGUUCAGGCGGUCUCUUUGGACGAAACCACGCAGGAGUCGUUGAAGACCGAAGACGUGGCGAUGGACUUGAGGAAGUUGCUCUCGUCCUCGGAGCUCGAUUCCGGGAUAGAGAAGCUUGACUCGCUGUACGAAGACUUGGACAUCGACGACUUCAAGGCGAAGAUCACGAGGAUAUGCUUGUCCGACGAAAUGGACGUCAGGAAGACGAAGGUCUUCACUCAGAGCAACGCUUCGGUCGAGGAGCUGAUCUCCGAGGUCAACCGGUUGAAAAAGUCGAAGAUGUACAACAGUCCGGCAGUGUUCGUGAAGCCGAAGUUCAAGCUGCCGAUCUUGGUGAGGGCGGAGACCAACGACAUCAUCAAAGUUGUGGAGAUGGUGGAGAUGGGGUUCUACCUGAAGGACAAGUCCCUGAACAUCUACGAGAAGGACCUCGAGGAUUCGGACUUCUUCUCGAAAGAGUUGCAGGACGAGGACUUGAAGGCCUUCGGGAUCGGGGUGAAGGACAGGCACAUCAGCUACGUGGAAACCAUGAUCAGGAGAAUCGCCGCCAUCAAGCGCGCGUCGGACUUCAAGGACGAAAUUUCCUUCUCGACUCCUGAGGCGAAGUUCGUUCAGAUGACCAUGAUGUACGAGGUGACCCUGUUCUACCAGAUUAUGGCGGAGGAGCUGACCUUCUUGAUGAGAAGGAUCAAGACCACCAAGAAGAAGAUCAUUGCGAAGUGGUCUUCGAAGCUCAAGGUGAUGGUGAUGGUGCAGUCGACGAAGAAGGAUAUGCAGGACUCCAUGUUGAGGAUCAAGCUGGUCAGCAAGAAGAACAUAUCUUUGAUCGAGUUCACGGCCGACAUGUUCAAGACCAACGAGGUCAUGUACAGCACGAACUGGAUCACCAUCAGGCGGAACGAGAUGGAGUCCCUCCUGGUUUGCAACAAGAAGUUGAUGUUCGUGGGGUGCUCUUUCUUGUCUCUCUUCAAGGUCUCAGCCUGGGACAGGUUGAGGGAGGAGCUGGCGUUCUACUCGUUGGUGAUCUUGUCCAGCUCCAAGAAGCUUUCGUCGACGUUGACGUCCGUCAGGUACCUCACGCACUCCUUGACUGCGGCGGCCUCCUGGAGGAUCGACUGCUUGGAGAACUUGUUGUCGGACCCGAUCAGGAGCUCGCUGGAGUCCUUCACGAUGGACCGAAUGUUCAAGUACACGGAGAUGCUCAUCAUGAAGGCCAACACCAUCAGAAUCAGCAGUUUCAGAGGGUUGGACAAAGGGUUGUCGCAGAAAACUUUCUCCUUGCCGUCUUUCUUCAACCCGAAGAGCUUCAGGAGCUUCAAGCAGUCUCUCUCGUCCUGGUACAUAUCCCAUUUCGUCAGCGCGAAGAUCGGCACCGAGGUCGAGAUGAGCUACAAAAUCUACUCUAAGAUCCUGGAAGAGGAAGAGAAAUAUUUGAAGGAGAAGUUGGCGGUCGCGUUCUCGAUGAAGAGCUUGUCGCUGAAGCAGAGGGGAACUAUGAACAACCAGAAGAUCGCGGAGAUUCUGAACAUGACGGUGGAGUCGACGAUGACCACGUCGAAGAUCAUGAC